AUGUACCAUGAAGUUUUGAAAAUCUUGCUAGUUAAGCACAAAACUGACCCUGCAUAUUGUGUUCUUUGGGGGGGAAAAAGGCUGUUUUCAAAGACACAGUCAAAAUUGAAUGUGGAUGGUAUCUUUUGGUUUCCAAGAACUCAUGGGAUACUUGAAAGCGGGUUUUGGAAAAUUCCCUGGCAUGUAACUUGCCUUAAGACACCUAACAGAUUUCUACUGGUGCUGAUUUGUUUGAUUUUUAGUGUGCUGUCUACUAUAGAACAUUAUUCAGAAUUUGCCACUGGAACCCUUUUCUGGAUGGAAAUUGUUCUGGUUGUAUUUUUUGGUGCUGAAUAUGUGGUGCGGCUAUGGUCGGCAGGUUGCAGAAGUAAAUAUGUUGGCUUGAAGGGAAGAGUACGUUUUGCCAGAAAGCCCAUAUCAAUUAUUGAUCUUAUUGUUGUGAUAGCCUCAAUAAUUGUUCUGAGUGUAGGCUCAAAUGGUCAGGUGUUCGCCACAUCUGCAAUAAGGGGAAUUCGUUUUUUACAGAUUCUACGCAUGCUUCAUGUAGAUCGGCAGGGCGGCACUUGGAGGCUCUUAGGAUCAGUUGUUUUCAUACACCGUCAGGAACUCAUAACCACCCUAUACAUUGGAUUCCUGGGGUUGAUCUUUUCAUCUUAUUUUGUCUACCUCGCUGAGAAGGAUGCAGUGGAUGAAGAGGGAAAGACUGGAUUUUCUAGCUAUGCUGAUGCACUGUGGUGGGGUGUGGUAACAGUCACAACAAUUGGAUAUGGAGAUAAAGUACCACAGACAUGGAUUGGGAAGACAAUAGCCUCCUGCUUCUCAGUAUUUGCUAUAUCUUUUUUUGCUUUGCCAGCGGGGAUUCUAGGUUCUGGUUUUGCCCUGAAAGUACAACAGAAACAACGUCAGAAGCAUUUCAACAGACAAAUUCCAGCUGCAGCUUCUCUGAUUCAGACUCUAUGGCGGUGCUAUGCAGCGGAGAAAUCAUAUAGUUCUACAGCAACAUGGAAGAUCUAUGUUAUGUCACCUGCUCAAAGUACAAGAAAACCACCAGCGCCAUCUAGCCCUAAUCUGAGAAAACAGAGUAGAAGAUACAAAAGAAAAGGAAAACCUGGACGUGAUAAUGGUUCUACACUGAUAAUAAAUUCUGGAGAGACAGCCUUCUCUGUUCCACAGAUUACAUAUGAUCACAUUGAAAGAGAAGACAAAAAAGAUGUGGCUUUUUACAUGGAUGAACCUGGAGGUCUUACAAGGAUGUUCAAGCAAUCAGUGAAAAGGCGUUUAGAAGGCAACAGUAAUGAAAUGUCAAGGACCAACAGCUUCACUGAUGACAUUGAUCUAAUAUCGGAAGAGUCACCACUGCCCAGAGUAUCCGAUGUUGCACAGUUAACCGAAGCACACCGAACAGCUGUCAAAGUCAUUAGGAGAAUGCAGUAUUUUGUUGCCAGAAGAAAAUUUCAGCAAGCCCGGAAACCAUAUGAUGUACGUGAUGUAAUUGAACAAUACUCUCAAGGACACCUCAAUAUGAUGGUCCGGAUAAAAGAACUUCAAAGAAGACUGGAUCAUUCCUUAGGGAAGCCUGCUCUUUUCCUUCCAGAAAAAGGGGUAGACAAAGGAUACUAUACUGUAGGAGCCAGACUGAUCCGGUUAGAGGAUAAGGUCAUGCAGAUGGAUCAAAAGCUUGAUGACAUCCUGAAUGCUCUCCAAACUCAGUUUGACACAUGGUUACCAACGUGGACAUCAGCCCCAGCCACCCCAACCACUAGACAUUUACAGUUAUCCUUGGAUUCCCCCCCUCUAACCCAGAAAAAGUAAAAGCCGCGAGGCAACAGCCUGCUGCCCUCUCAUUCAUUUAAGUAUGGUUAUUUUUAUUAUUAGUGUCUGGAACUUCUGAGACCAUCAUUGCUGGAAUGUAAAUAUUCUGCUGCAGGUUGUUAAAUCAAAAGGAAAAACAUGAUUGUGCUUCCGUGAGAAAACCUAACCUUUAUGCACAGAACCAUAGCAAUGCUGAGAGAAUCCUCCAGCCCAUGGGACUCUAAUAAAGCUGUAGUAUUUAACUGGCAAUGCACACACAGAGCACUGAGUUGAGAUGGAAAUCUAAGUCAUAAGACAACUCAUCCAGAGGUAGGAAUGAAGGAGGGACUGUCUUUUCAGUAUUCAAUCUUCCGUUCUCACUAGUUUAUUGUGCAUAGCAUACCCAAGCAGGGAGAGGGGACAAAUACUGGAACACAAAACAAAUGGAAUUCAAUCAAAAGGAAAAUUGAACAGCAUGUUUUGCAGUAAAAAUAUCUACCAACCAGCAAGGAUCAUGAAAAGGGCACUGCUAAUGUGAAUGACAAAGUAAAGACAACAAACUGCUGAUUAAAAAUAUAAGCAUAUAGGGAAGACUGAAGCAAGGUCUCAGCUAAUUAAAGUCAAAGGUUUGCAAAUGAGAUGGGAUGCAUGUUGGAACAGUCAGAUACAGGAGACAAUACCAGCUUAGAAUAACAACAGAAGAACAUUUCAAUAGUUAUCACCUGCACUGAUGGUUGUUAUGCAACAUAUUUUCAAACUUUUCCUUUCAUUAAGUGAUGACUGUUAAUUCCAGUUGCCUUAUUUUUUAAUAUAAGAAACCAGGAUAAUAACUGUAUAUGUAAGAAUCUGGAAACCACCCAUUCAAUGCCUCAGCUGACGCUGGGCAACUGUGAACUGAAGUUGUGACUUUAAAUGACCACAUUUGAAUUCACAUACAGUUCAUAAAAGCUAGUCACUUUCCUAGUAUACAUCGCUGUCUAUAAUUUAAAAUGCUGAGUUUUCAUGGAAUGUGAUUGUAAAUUGAGUAUAUGUGUUAUCUGAAACAGUAUUUCUGUGAAAUGUUACUGACGUGAACAAUUUUCAAACAUAAAUUGAUUUUUUUCCUUGCUCUCCAGAAAAGGGAUGAUGUAUUAUUAUUGUUAAAAUAUGUAAAUAAUAAACCUAAAUAAAAAGGGUAUAUUGAUAUUUACUGAAGCCCUUAUAUUUGCCCUCAUAUUAUGCAAAUAAAUACCUCCUGCACCACCUGCAAAUAUAUAUUUGCAUAAUUAAGGGUCUGAAUGAACAAGUGUUACUGGAAUUAGGAGUCCACAGAGCUAGGGCCACAUUCUGUGAGGGGAUAAGUACCUUCUAGCACCACUGAAAUCCAUGGAGAUUGAAAGUGUUUAGCAUUUACCAGGGUGAAUUCGGCAUCUUAUAAGAUUGGGUCUUUAACAGACCUGUGCGAAGCGGCUAGUAUUCACUUCAGAUUCAGAUUCAGCCGAUUCGGAGGACAGUAAUUCAAUUCAGUGAUUCAAAUCACUGUCCCGAAUCAAUUCGGCCGAAUCUAAUUUGGAGAUUCAGCUGCUGCCCAGUCAGCCAAAUCUCCGAAUUACAUAGGCCCCACCCCCCGCCCACUCUCUGAGCCCCACCCAGCCCCAGGUCCCAGCUAUUUGAAAAAAAAAAAUCCCCCACUCACGAGAUCCUGCCCAGCGGGUGCUGAUCCCUGCUGCCCCCCGCUGCUUCACGCCAAAUGGGGGGGGCUCUUCCAUGAGCCCCCCCAACACCCGCCUGCUCUCCCAGCCCCCCCCCCAUGGUUGCCCUGCCUGUUCCAGCUCCUGGCCCUUUAAAAAAAAAAACAAAAACCCAGGAUUCACAGGCUGCUGCCAGGCAAGGGGCAAUCCCCGCUGCCCCCCACUGCCUUGCGCUGCAUGGGGGGCUCUGCCAUGAGCCUGCAGAAGUUCCAAGGCUGCUGCAGCCACUGGUGAGCCCAGGGUUUUUGUUUGUUUGUUUUUUAAAGGGCUGGGAGCGUGGGUGAGAGUCAGGGGGCUCAUGACAGAGCCCCCCAUGCAAUGUGGAACAGUGGGGUCAGCAGAGAUCACCCCCCCCCCGCCAGGUAGCAGCUGGUGUGUAUAGGCUUUUUUUUUAGACAA